GGCAUCAAACACACACAUGGAUUAUAGCAGCGGGAGGCAAGAGGAGAGAAAACCUCAUACAACAAACACGUGUUUUGGGCAGUAUUCAUACAGUGCAGAGGAAUACCAGGCAGUCCAGAAUGCACUGCGGCAGAAGCUCGGACCUGAAUACAUCAGCACCAGACAGGCUGGAGGAGGACAAAAGGUGUGCUACAUUGAAGGUCACAAAGUUAUAAGCCUGGCCAAUGAAAUGUUUGGGUACAAUGGAUGGUCACACUCGAUAUCUCAACAAAAUGUUGACUUUGUGGACCUGAUCAAUGGGAAGUUUUACGUUGGAGUCAGUGCUUUCAUUAAGGUCCAGUUAAAGGAUGGCUCAUUUCAUGAGGAUGUAGGAUAUGGGGUUAGCGAAGGCCUCAAAUCCAAAGCUCUGUCCCUGGAAAAAGCAAGAAAAGAAGCUGUCACAGAUGGAUUGAAAAGAGCACUCAAGUGUUUUGGAAAUGCGCUUGGAAACUGUAUUCUGAACAAGGAGUAUCUUAUCGCCAUCAACAAAAUACCAAAGCAGCCUCCUCCUCCUUUGGACGCAGACAAAACCAAACGUAGCGAUUUGGAGCCGUCUGUAGAGAAAGCCAGGUUUGACAGCCUGGCCCAAACAAACAGCAGGCAAUUUACCAAACUGGAAAACCCAGCCAACAUCCCCAUAGAGCAGAUGGGAAAUCUCCCUGUACGGGAAGGCCAUGAGAGCGCCACAGGGCCCAGGACUUCAUUGACAAACACAACGGCACUUCUUGGCAACACAACGACUCACCAGGAUACAGAAAACAGGCCCAGCAACACCUCCAGGUCAGCAUCUGAUACCACGGAGCUGUCCUCGUCUGAUCCUCUGCUGGACUCGAAGCAGCAGAGGAAGCUGAGACAGCAGCAGCUGCAGCAGAAGUUCAGACAGGAGAUGGAGGCUAAGAAGCUGCUGCAAGAGAAGAAAGACCAGCAGCCCACGCUGCACAUUAAACAAGAUGACCCAGAAUUGUGGGACUUCACUUUGGACGGCAUCGAUAUGCUGGACGAUCCUUCAACGAGAUCCACUGACCCUCCUCGUCCUUCCACACCAAACCAGCACACGAUGACGACACGCAGCAAGACCCCGCAGAGACCCCAAUGCCUGAGACCACCAGCCCAACCUCAGGGCCACUUCAGAUCUUCCACAGCAGGUGGACCAUCGAGCCCAUACAGACACGGCCAGAUGAUGAAGAAACGAAGAUUGGACACGUGAUG